GGCAAAAGGUCCGUUCUCGGCUUGUUGAUCGUGGGCGUUGUCUCAAACCGUCUGGACCCUUUUUUAGACUGCUGAGAUCUGGGGUUACGGGCGCUCUACUACUCACGCCAAUCUUCACUUCAACUUCACUUACAAUAUUAACUUGAUAAUAUUCACACCACGAUGAGUCCUCAUAACAGCGACGACGAAAAGACGGUCGGUAUACCUCCCGGUGAGGAUACCGACAAUGCCACCGUCAUGGGAGACAAGGAGACGAGUAUUUCGCCUGCGAGUGGCAGUCCUGCAAAGGGGGAUUAUGGCGACGACAAACGCGAACGCGACGAAUCACCAGAGGAGGAUUUUGACAUCGAGGCCCAGGAGGACAACAUCGAGAUUGACCGUGUGGAAACCCGGAGAACAAAUGCCAGCCGCAAGACGCAUCGCAGCAUCCUCAGCCGCCUCUCCAAGAGCAAGAGCAAGACCAAGGAGACGCUUCCGCCGCCCGUCCACCCCAUCAUGGAUCUCGACAACGGCGUCGUCGGUUGGGAGAGCCAGCAUGAUCCCGAGCACCCGCUCAACUUCCCGCAGUCUCGCAAGUGGUUCAUCACCGGCCUGCUCUCCACCAUCACCUUCAUGACGCCCUUUGCAUCGUCCAUCCUCGCCCCGGCCAUCACCUACGUCGCCGCCGAUUUCAACGAGCCCGACCUCACUGUGGCGGCGAUGCCUGUCAGCAUCUUCCUCCUGGGCUACGCCAUCGGCCCCUUGAUCCUCUCGCCCCUGUCCGAGAUCUACGGCCGCAACGUCGUCAUCACCACCGCAAACGCUUUUUUCUGCGCCUGGCUCAUCGGCUGCGCCCUCGCUCCGACCCUCGGCACUCUCAUCUUCUUCCGCUUCAUGUGCGGGCUGGGUGGUUCUGCCUGCCAGACCAUUGGCGGCGCUAUCAUCGCCGACUUGUUCCCCAUCAGUGAACGCGGCCGGGCCAUGACCAUCUGGAUGCUGGGUCCCAUGUUCGGGCCCUCGUGUGCUCCCGUCAUCGGUGGCUUCGUCGCCGAGACCAUCGGCUGGCGCUGGGUCAACUGGAUCACCUUCAUCCCGGCCACCAUGGCUGUCUGCGCCAUGGUCUUCCUGAACCGCGAGACGAACCACCAGGUGCUCAUCCGCCGAAAGACCGAACGCCUUCGCAAGGAGCUCAACCGCCCAGAGCUCCGCAGCUGCUACGUCGACCCGGACGCCGCCGUGCUCUCCAGACGGCGCAUCCUCCUCAACGGCCUGACACGCCCGAUCCGUCUUCUCUUCGGGUCCGCCAUCGUCUUCAGCGUCUCGCUUUACAUCGCCUUCGCCUACGGCUGCCUCUACCUCCUCUUCAACACAAUCCCCAUCGUCUUUCAGGGCAGCUACGGCUGGUCGAUCGGCAUCACGGGUAUCGUCUACCUGACCCUCCUCAUCGGCUACAUGGCUGGCCUGGGCAUCUUCUCCGCUCUCUCCGACAAGACCGUCGUGCGUAUGACCAAGGCCAACGGCGGCGUCUACGAGCCAGAGAUGCGCCUCCCGGACUGCAUUUACUUCGCCUUCCUUCUGCCCAUCACCUUCUUCUGGUACGGCUGGGCCGCCGACAAAGCUGUCCACUGGAUCGUCCCCGUCAUCGGCCUCAUCCCCUUUGGCCUCGGCAUCGUUGGCAUCUGGCUUCCCAUCCAAGCCUACCUCAUCGAUGCCUACUCGCAGUACGCUGCCAGUGCCCUCGCCGCCUUCUCCGUCAUGCGGAGCGUCGUCGCGGCCUUCCUGCCCCUCGCCGGACCCCAGAUGUACGCCUCCCUGGGCGUCGGUUGGGGAAACUCCCUGCUCGGCUUCAUCGCAAUUGGUCUCAUCCCUAUCCCGGCCCUCAUCUACAAGUUCGGUGGCAAAAUUCGCAAGAAUGAGAAGAUCAAGUUGUGAGAUGAUACCCACGAGGGUCGGCAUUUUCUGUUGAGCAGAGAAGCGUAAUGUGGUUGUCAUGAUGUCGAUUUCCAUUCGAAAGUUGAUGUGUUACAUAUGACACGAGAACUAAAAAAUAGUAAUGCACGCGGUCCGCUUUAGAUUCGUACAUUUAUACGAAAUGGAUUGUUCUUUACGUAGCAAAAGCAUGUACAUAGCAAGAUUCCCUUCACUAUAUCAAAUGUUCUCUCUCUUAACCAACAAAAGGA